AUGCCUCUCAUCGAGGAACCGCUUCCUGCGCUUCUCGCCACUCUCAAAGGGCCAUCACCACCUAACCGCCCCCAUUUGAUUUUCUAUGCCGACAUAGACCCGGAAACGGGGAAAAUGUGGUGUGGAGACUGCCGCGACGUAGAGGGGGACAUAAAGGCCGCUUUCGGCGCGGAGGAUGGUCCGACAGGCAUUAUAAUCUAUGUUGGAAAUAGACCAACAUGGAAAGAUCCAAAUAACAAGUAUCGGCUGGAAUAUGGUCUCACAGGUACUUUGGCCAUUACUCCAAUACCCACAAUAAUCCGUCUCCAGGAUGGAAUCGAAGCUGACCGGCUUGUUGAGGGCGAGAUAAAGGACAAGACGAAAUUGGCCGCAUUUACAGACAUCGAUGUUUCGAGUUGA